UCGGCGCCGCCAUUUUGUCGCUGAGCUCCGUGUUUUGUCUGGCGCAGCGGAUCGUCAACGCCAAGCGAAAGAGGCACCAUGCCGGCGGGGCCCGUGCAGGCGAUGGCGCCUGCCCAGCCAGCGCCACCUGAAGCGAAGCAGCCAGAAGAUGAACCAAAAGAAGAAACAACACCAGCCAAGCCUGUUGUGGGAAUUAUAUACCCCCCACCAGAGGUUAGGAAUAUUGUGGAUAAGACAGCCAGCUUUGUGGCCAGAAACGGUCCUGAAUUUGAAGCUCGUAUCCGUCAGAAUGAGAUAAAUAACCCCAAAUUCAACUUCUUGAACCCCAAUGAUCCUUACCAUGCCUACUACCGACACAAAGUCAAUGAGUUCAAGGAAGGGAAGGCCCAGGAGCCUUCGGCUGCCAUUCCUAAAGUCAUGCAGGCACAGCAGAGCGCACAGCAGCAGCUUCCGCAAAAGGUACAGGCACAGGUGAUCCAGGAAACGGUUGUUCCCAAGGAGCCCCCUCCGGAGUUUGAGUUCAUUGCAGACCCUCCCUCCAUCUCUGCCUUUGACUUGGAUGUGGUUAAACUGACGGCCCAGUUUGUUGCUCGCAAUGGCAGGCAGUUCCUCACCCAGCUGAUGCAGAAAGAGCAGCGGAACUACCAGUUUGACUUCCUGCGCCCUCAGCACAGCCUCUUCAACUACUUCACCAAGCUAGUGGAACAGUACACUAAGAUCUUGAUUCCACCAAAGGGCUUAAUUAUCAAACUAAAGAAGGAGGCAGAAAAUCCCAAAGAAGUCUUGGAUCAGGCCUGCUACAGAGUGGAGUGGGCCAAAUUUCAGGAGCGAGAGCGGAAGAAGGAAGAAGAGGAAAAGGAGCGAGAGCGUGUUGCUUAUGCCCAGAUUGAUUGGCAUGAUUUUGUGGUGGUGGAAACAGUGGACUUCCAGCCCUCUGAGCAAGGGAACUUUCCUCCUCCAACCACCCCGGAGGAGCUGGGAGCUCGAAUUCUGAUCCAGGAGCGCUAUGAGAAGUUUGGUGAAAGUGAAGAAGUAGAAAUGGAGGUGGAGUCAGACGAUGAAGAUGAGAAGCAAGAAAAGACGGAGGAGGCCCCAUCACAGUUAGACCAGGAUACCCAAGUGCAGGACAUGGAUGAAGGCUCUGAUGAAGAAGAUGAGAGCCAGAAAGUUCCACCCCCUCCAGAAACUCCGAUGCCACCCCCUCUUCCUCCUACUCCAGAUCAAGUCAUUGUCAGGAAAGAUUACGAUCCUAAAGCUUCUAAGCCUUUGCCACCAACCCCAGCCCCUGAUGAAUACCUUGUCUCCCCCAUCACCGGGGAGAAAAUUCCUGCCAGCAAAAUGCAAGAGCACAUGCGAAUUGGGCUUCUGGAUCCCCGCUGGCUGGAGCAAAGGGAUCGCUCUCUCCGGGAGAAGCAGACCGAUGAUGAAGUUUAUGCCCCAGGCUUGGAUAUUGAAAGCAGCUUGAAGCAACUGGCUGAGCGCCGUACUGAUAUUUUUGGUGUGGAAGAGACAGCCAUUGGGAAAAAGAUUGGGGAAGAGGAGAUCCAGAAGCCAGAAGAAAAGGUGACCUGGGAUGGCCACUCCGGCAGCAUGGCCCGAACGCAGCAGGCAGCUCAGGCCAACAUUACCCUGCAAGAACAGAUUGAGGCAAUCCAUAAGGCCAAGGGGCUGGUGCCAGAGGACGACACAAAGGAGAAGAUUGGUCCAAGUAAACCCAAUGAGAUUCCCCAGCCGCCGCCUCCUUCCUCAGCCCCAAACAUCCCAACAAGCGCACCACCGAUUGCAUCUGUGCCCCGUCCUCCCUCGAUGCCACCUCCUGUGCGCACAACCGUCGUCAGCGCUGUCCCAGUCAUGCCUCGUCCCCCCAUGACUUCCGUGGUUCGUCUGCCGCCAGGCUCCGUCAUUGCCGCUCCCAUGCCGCCCAUUAUACACGCCCCUCGGAUCAGUGUGGUGCCAAUGCCACCCUCAGCCCCACCCAUUAUGGCUCCACGGCCCCCUCCCAUGAUCGUGCCGACAGGAUACAGACAGGGACCAGUCAGCAGUCCAGCCUUUGUUCCAGCACCCCCUGUAGCUCCAGUCAGCGCUCCGGCACCUCUGCCUCCGGUUCACCCUCCACCCCCCAUGGAUGACGAGCCGGCCUCUAAGAAACUCAAGUCCGAAGACAGCCUCAUACCAGAGGAGGAGUUCUUGCGCAGAAACAAGGGUCCAGUCACAGUCAAAGUCCAAGUUCCCAACAUGCAAGACAAGACAGAGUGGAAGCUGAAUGGCCAGGUGCUGGUGUUCACCCUCCCGCUCCCUGACCAGGUCUCUGUUAUAAAGGUGAAAAUCCACGAGGCCACCGGAAUGCCGGCAGGAAAGCAGAAGCUCCAGUACGAGGGCAUCUUCAUCAAGGAUUCCAACUCCUUGGCAUACUACAACAUGACCAGUGGGUCUGUGAUCCACUUAGCACUCAAAGAAAGAGGAGGCCGGAAGAAGUAGGAGCCUUCAGCCAGCAGCCUUCCUCCACAGUGACGCAAGGCCAACGGCUCCUGGGCAGUGUAUGCAUGGCGUUCCCCCUGGGGCUGCGUUUUCGGCCCCUACUUCUACCUGGUGGUCUUGAAGGCUGGAUCAAGUUACUUCUGCUCCUGCAGUGGCUGUGGGAUUUUUGAACCGACUGUGUUUUGAUUUUAGCAUCUCCUGUUAUAUUCGCAAUGCCACGAGCACUGUCUCUUUGCUAGCAUUCCUUUCAGUGGUCCUCUGUUUAAUUUCCUGUAGUAGCGGUUUGCCUAGCGAAGAUCUAACUGAGUCAUGUUUCAACUUUCAGAGAAGCUUGCUAGCAUACAAAGAAUUUUACCUGUUGGUUGGAACAUUUCAGUGAACUCUCUUGUUAGAAAUAACUAGUCUAAUAAACCUGUUUAUGAUUUUUUUCCACAUGAAGUUCAUAAGCUAACCUCUGUUUGGUAACUGAUUGUUUGAGGGUGGCCUGGCUGUAAAGAGGGAAAGGGGAGGCAUUUCUAGGUGAGGCAGUUAAUUAUCGGCCUUCUGACUGGGAUGAGCAGUGCUCCAGAGCAUAGUGAAGGAAAACAAAAACACCUAUCUGUGGUCAGGAUUCAGGCGCCGCUAUUGAAUUUUCAGUUUCUCCCCACACACAGCAGGCUUCCUUUGGAGCAGCUGUCCAUCAUGCUGCCUUGCAUACGGCUUUUAUGACUCCUGUGUUUCAAAAAGAGCCAGCUGCAGCGUACCGAGGCCAUGCUCAUUGUGGGAAAAGCAGUCCUGUUUCUUAGCUUGUGACCUUCAUUCUUCAGAUCAGGCUGAAUGUCAUCAGCUAAGAUCCUCAGAAGCUUGUCUUCCUUUUCAGAAGAAAUGUGACCUUCUUGCCUGGCUUUCCCAUUUUUGAUGACUGAUCAAAUAAAUGCAAAUGUGAAAAGUG